GCGCAUUAUCUAUGUUUAAUUAUUAGUUUUACUGACGCGCAUUGUAUUUGUAACAGUGCAACUUUAAAAGUACCGACUUCAUUUCACAUACUUACAUUGGAUCACCUUGGUUGCAAAUGGAACAGGCUGGAGUGGGUGAAUUUCGCCGUCCCCUGGAUAUAAUGUGUUAUUGCUGCGGAUCCUAACUGAAUGGGGGGGAUGCUGGGCAAGUGAGCACAUCUGCUCUGACUGGAAGUUUUAUUGUACUGGUAAUAUAUUCUUCGACAGUUGAUUCAUAACUUUAAAAAUGGAUGAGAAAAUGGAAUAUGCGGAUAGCAGCUGUCAACAAGUUGAAACAGAUGACAGGACAGAACUGAUUCCAGAAAAACAACUCGCUGGAGGUGGAACAAGUACAUUAUCUUCAGCUACUUUUAAUGUAAUCAAUUCAAUAACUGGAUCUGGAAUAAUAGGCCUACCUUACUCCAUGAAGCAGGCUGGCUUCCCUUUAGGAAUGAUGCUCCUCCUAGUGGUUGCGUAUAUCACUGAUUACUCAAUUAUUCUGCUCAUAAAAGCAGGGAAUUUGUCAGGAACCACUACAUACCAAGCUCUAGUUAACAGAGCUUUUGGCUUGAUAGGGUAUCUUAUGCUAUCAACUCUGCAGUUUUUAUACCCCUUUACUGCCAUGGUCAGCUACAACAUUAUCACUGGAGAUACCCUAACUAAGGUCUUUCAAAGAAUAGCUGGAGUUGGUCCUGACAACAUACUUGCGCAACGUCAUUUUGUCAUUUUAGGAACAACAAUUCUGUUUACUCUUCCUUUGUCCCUUUUUCGUGAUAUAUCCAAGCUGGGAAAGGUUUCUUUUCUGUCUCUCAUGCUAACAAUUGUGAUUCUUUUGACUGUGAUUAUAAGAGCAGCUACACUUGGACCACAAAUUCCCAGCACAGAUGAAGCAUGGACAUUUGCCCAGCCAAAUGCAAUUCAGGCAAUUGGAGUUAUGUCCUUUGCAUUUGUUUGCCAUCACAACAGCUUUUUGAUCUAUGGCUCUCUAGAAAAACCCACAAUAAGUAACUGGUCCCGCGUUACUCAUGUGUCAGUCUUACUUGCUGUAUUUAUCAGUUUACUUUUUGCUGGAUGUGGGUAUUCUACUUUUACUGGUUACACACAAGGUGACAUAUUUGAAAAUUAUUGCAAAAAUGAUGAUCUGGCAACAUUUGGAAGGCUCUGCUAUGGAAUCAGCAUAAUUCUAACUUUUCCUAUUGAAUGUUUUGUAACAAGAGAGGUGGUAUCCAAUGUGUUUUCUAACGGGACCCUUACAGCUGGAUUUCAUAUAGCUGUGACAGUGGCUGUUAUAGCAGUGUCUACUGCUGUGUCAUUGAUCUUUGACUGUCUAGGCAUUGUUUUAGAGUUAAACGGUGUUGUGAGCGCUACCCCGCUUGUUUUUAUCAUCCCGACAGCUUGCUAUCUAAAGCUCUCUGAUGAACGCUGGUACCAUGGAGAUAACCUUAUUUCAUGUUUGAUUCUCAUUGCUGGGGUAUCUGUGAUGACAGUUGGUUUUGUCAUGGCUGUCUUGAACCCCCAAGAAUGUUCACAUGGAAAAGAAAUGUUUUAUUGCAUGUCCUCAAACUCCUCUUUUAAUAAUAUCACAUUUCCCACUAACGUAACAUUAGCCCUUAAUGCUAGCAUUUUUUAAAUAUGAUGUGCCCUUCUAAGCUGAAUACAACUGGGUAUUGGAUGUAUAUUUAAAAGGCCACUACUCGGAUCACAUUUAAUGAAAAGUGAUCUGCUUUAAUGUUUUUUCUGGGAUAGAGGAUGUUCAAGAUCUUGCGCAGUUAGUUUAUGGCUACCUGCACUUGAGCAAACAUAACCUUAAAAUGCAACACUCUUUUUAGUUAAGCAUGCUAGUUUAGACAGUUCUUAUUUAUUAAGCAUAAGUGUUUGAAUAGUAAUUUUAUACUGUCUUACAUUUCAUGUCACUUAUAGGAUCCACUUCUGUUGCAGUAUUUAUUUGCCAGUUUAGCAAUUGUAACCUUUAUAACGUUGCCAGGAAUCCAAUGUUUUGACUGUAGACAUCUUUUAAACAAAUUGCCUCUUUAGUUAUAAGUAAUCAAUCUUGUUUUUGAAGGAAAAUGGAUGUGGUAAUUGGGUCUUUAGGGGACUAGGGGAAUGGUAAUAUACCUAUAUUAUUAAGCUUCAUGUUAGAAAUCUCUUGGUUUCACUAAUGCACUAUUUGUAUUAUUAAUUGGAGGUCUGUGAAAGGUUUGUUCAUCACUGCUCAUAUUAAUAAGUAGUGAAAGUCAACCUGAAUGUAUGCAUAAGGCAGGUAAUUGUUCUUUGAGCAUUGUGUGCUUGCCUUUUUGAUGACUUUUGGUUAUCUAAUGUUUGACAGACCAGUAAAUAUGCAUAUAUAUAUAUAUAUAUAUAUAUAUAUAUAUAUAUAUAUAUAUAUAUAUCCACUGGUAAAGAUAUCAUUUUGGCUGUUUUGGCAAUGUAGUGCCAUUAUUUUAUUGUAUCUUUUAAGGUUGUUUUUUCUCCUAAUUAAACAAUAAACUACUUACAUGCAGUGGUUAUUUUAAGUAUUACCUUAAGAUGCAAGUCCAAGGUAUUUUGUAUAUAUAUCCCUGCAUACAUUAUGUAAUGUGUGUUGAUACCUGUUAUUCACAAUGAUGUAGUAUUUUGCUGAUUUGACACUCUUGAGUCUUCCUAAAACUCUGGCCAUAACUAGAGUUACAAGGAGAGAACAGUCUUCUGAUCUUCUGAUUGGGAGAAUGCUGUCUCCAAGUAACUUCAAUGUGCAUCUGUACAGUAGC